ACCUUAUCCAACAGAUGCAAAGUGAUACAUCUUAAGUUAGCCAAAUAUUGAUAGAAACCUCAAAGUCCUUAAAGCGGUUCCUUCUAAAUAAAUUAAUUUCAUGAUGCAUCUCUGGGAAACUGAACAAGCGCAGGCUUAUCUGGGAUGAGGCGGUUUUAUUUUGAAGAUACAUGGUUACACCGGAAGUGAAUAGUCCCAUUCGAAAACGAGUCUGGCUGCUGCAGCAGGAGGAGGAGGAGGAGGAUGUGAGGACAAAGAUUGCACCUGGGCGACAACAAACCCUGCUACAAGACGGGUGGCCGUCCAUUAAAUUGAAUACUUAUCCUUUCCUAAAUUUGUCAAACCGAUGAAGACGCUUAACUCGCCUAAACACAUUUCCCCGGACAUUUAUUUAAGCUAGCUAUGUGUGGUAGAAAACAUGACGAACCCAGCGGUGACUGUCUCGUAGCAGCGACAAUGCUGAGGCCUGUCAUAACCGGCUUGUUCACAAUUUGCCCAUCACGUCAAUGACCAUGGAUGUCAGAGCAGUCGUGGAGUUUGCCACAGUCACCAGGGCUCUGUCACUGUUCCUGCAGGCUGUCCUGAAUGCUGCCAUCCCUGACCAUGAUGCUGAUGCGUUCAGGCCCCCACGGACGGAGGAACCUCUCUACUUGGACUCCACCGUGGAGUGGUUAUUGGGUGGCCUCUCCCACUGGGACGCCGAGCAUUUCCUCUUCAUCGCGGAGAAGGGAUACCUUUACGAGCACAACUUUGCGUUCUUUCCCCUCUACCCCGUCGUGCUCCGUGGCCUGGCCGAGACGCUGCUGUGGCCCCUGAGCAGCUGGCUGAGCGUGCGGGGGCGUUUGCUGGUGGCCGUGGCUCUUGGGAACAGUGCCCUCUUCCUGCUGAGUGUGGUGGCCCUGCAUGCACUGAGUAGAAUAGUUCUCCAAGACAGGCGCCUCGCUCUGCUCUCCAGCCUGCUGUACUGCAUCACACCUGCCAAUGUUUUUAUGACUGCUGCGUAUUCAGAGAGCCUGUUCGCCGCGCUCACGUUUGGUGGUCUGUUCCUCCUGGAGAAAGGCUUCACCUUCCGGGCAUGUCUGGCCCUCAGUAUAGCCACUGCAGCACGAUCCAACGGACUUGUUAAUAUUGGGUUUCUGCUGUAUCUUCCGUCACUGCACGCCAUUUCCCAGAUUCGUGUAUAUAGAACAACAAUUAAAGGCCACAUCAAAGUCUUCCACUACAUUUGGGUCAUCAUCCGUCUCCUGGUCACCUCGCUCCUGGGAACGGCCAUUAUUGCUCUUCCCUUUUGUGCUUUCCAGUACUAUGGGUACAGGACGUUUUGCACACCAUCCGUCUCUUUGGAACGGAUCCCCCCUGCCCUUCUGUCGCUGGCUGAACGGAAGGGCUACCGGGUGCCUGAUGAGAAUGGCCCACCACCCCUCUGGUGCAUGAGACCCCUUCCAUUGCUUUAUUCUCACAUCCAGGAUGUAUACUGGGAUGUGGGCUUCCUCCGCUACUAUGAGCUGAAGCAGAUACCGAACUUUAUCCUGGCUCUACCUAUGGCUACCCUCGGAAUAAUGGCAGCUUAUGCAUAUUUUCAAACAAAUCCAGAAUUGUGUAUGAGACUCGGACUUUGGGAGACAAAUAAAGGGCUGGACAAGCCCACACCGGGAUUGUUCAACCCCAGAGUGUUCGUGUAUGUCGUACAUUCAACGGUACUUCUGGUGUUCGGAACAUUGUGCAUGCACGUACAGGUUCUAACCAGAUUCAUGGCAUCGUCGUCGCCCGUGCCCUUCUGGAUAAGUGCUCAUCUGCUCCUGCUCAACGAACCGCUGCUUCAUCGAAGGAAGACAUCCAACCCCAGCGUGCAGCUUCAGACUCAUUCCAGAAAUGGAUGCAUGCACACGCCUCAAAACCCAAUCGUCGCUCUGCUGCCGCACUUCACCAGCUGUUCUACAACCACACAGAGCAUCCUGGGGUACUUCCUGUCUUACUGGGUGGUGGGCCUCGCACUGCAUUGUAACUUCUUGCCAUGGACAUGACUUAAAGCGUUACACUGAUCUUUACCAGCAAUACUUCUCCGUAGAACUGGGCCACAACCAUAUUGUACAUAAUAUCAAUCCGCACACAUCAUCAAUAGUCGGUUUCUGUUUUCCAGUAACUGUUAAAUUGUUCUGUAAAUAAAGUUGAAUGCAACAUUUUGUCACAUUUACCAAAAAAAAUUGUGAUUACGUCACGCAGUCCUCCAUAGAACUUAUUGAGAUGAUUACAUCUUUGAUGCCGAUUUGUUCAUGCAAAAGCCAACAAAUCGUAUUCAGCACAUCUAUCUUUUAAUGUGUUUAAGAACAAACUCAUAUGUACAGUACACUUGAAAUUUAACUAAACAUUGGUUGUAAAUCUUGGGAAGACGAAGGUUGUACUUACAAAAAAAAGAUCUAUUUUUAUUUCCUGCUAAAGCAUAUGUUUUUGUUUACGCAGUUUAAUAUUGCACUGCAUGUUUGGAAGACUUUUUCCAAUUUAUAAAUUUGGAUUUUUGGAUGUGAAUGAAAAAAAAUGAAAUAAAGAUUUUGUUGCUGUCAAAGGA